AUGAGAAUUUUAAUUACCAAUACUCAAGAUAAUAAAUGUAAAUAUCCAAGGUUACUUGCUAAAGAUAGCUCUGAAAAUCAAUAGGUUAAAUUCUAAAAAAUUGAAUUUUACAAUAAAUUAUAUAAGUAACUCAAACCUAGUGUAGUUUUAAAGUGUUUACAUAAAGCUAAUAAUGCUAUUCAUAGUUAUUAGUUAAUCAAUAUUUCAGAUGAUUUACCUAAACAAAGAAGAAAAAGUGAAAAUGAAGGGUGGAUUUCUUAAAAAAUUGUAAUCAAUUCAGUUUAUUCUCAAGUUGAAUAUUGACAUUAAAUAUCCCAGAACUAUAAUUUAAUAACAUCAAUUUCUAUUUAGAGUUAAAGAUUUAAGAAGAAGAGCAAUCAAAGGAAGGAUGAAGACUAAAUUUCAGAAAUCCGUCCAGAAGAUAGAUACACCUACUACUAGUUAAUUUAAUCCCUUAAAUAAUCAUCAUACUUCUAAUAGGGAUUCUUAUUUUUCUAGUAUGUAAGAUAUAAAAGUUCACAGAACAUUUACCAGAGAUCGCAUAUACUACUAACGAACAUUAGAAAAAAAAGAUUCUGAUCUAAUAUCAGACUCACCUAGUGAACCUAGUAUUUAAUUACAAUAAACAAGAAAACAUAUCGUUUUUCCUCCUAAAUAAAAAUAAUAUGUUUUACUUUAAUUAAAUAAAUACAAACAUAAACCUUUUGAAUAAAUAAAAAGAGAUUCCAUCAUCAAAUAUCUUUCAGAAACAAAGGAAACUCAUAUUCAAACUGCUCCUUAAACAGCUCCUCUAUUUUAACAUAGACUAUAACCUUAUUUUUCCUAUCCUAAGAAAGUUAAUCUAAAAAAAUCUUGUUUCACAUCUUCUUCUUAAAGAGUAAAAACAAUAAUGUGA